AUGGGCAUGCCUUUUGAAGUUAUGUAUUAUCCAAGGGUUGGCCGUUCUGAGUUUGUGGUUAAGGCCGAGUUGGUGGAAGAGUCUCUUCGAUUGUACUGGGCUGGAGGAACAAGAGUGAAGAUGGCUGUUGAGACUAAAGAUUCAUAGAUGAGAUGGUGUUAGGGCACAGUUUUAUCUAUGGUGUAUGACGAUUGUCCAUGGAGUGUCUCUCCAUGGAGGAUCCUUCAGGUUCAAUGGGAUAAAUCAGAUGUCCUGCAUAAAGUGAACAUAGUAAGCCCUUUGCAUGUGGAAUACACGGCUGAUUAUUCAUUUCCUGUUGGCAUGCAGGGAGCCAUGAAAGAUCAGUUAUUUUUAACCGCUUUUCCUAACAUCAUAGAUACCACGAAUCAUUCAAUGGAAAGUAGGAUGUUGUAUGCAACUCAGAAGUUGGGAACUGUAUCUACUGAAUUGAGCAUUGCUUCCACUUCCGAAAUUUUCUCUUGA